UCUGGUUAUGUCAUGUCUUGUGGCUUUGUGUGAACUCUGGAGUUUCAUUCUUGUUCAGCAAGACGAGGACACACUGACAGGACUGUGAUUAUGGCUGAGAACGGAAACCACGGCGAGACGGACGAAGGACACGAAGCUCCGGCGUCACAGGACACACAGAGUGUGAUGUGUCGUGUGAGUAACCUGGCCCUGGUGAGCUCAGCGUGUGACGCCGUGUGCAGCGCCUACAGCAACACAAAGGAAAGCGUCCCUAUGCUUAGAGGAGUGAUCGACGCGGCCGAGAGCGGAGUUUGCACCCUGAGCACCGCCGCCAGCUCAGGAACUAAACCUCUACUGGACAAACUCGAGCCACAAAUUGCUGUGGUGAAUGCGUACGCCAUGAAAGGCCUGGACAAGAUGGAGGAAACGCUUCCCAUCUUACACCAGCCAGCGGACAAGCUCGUGUCUGAGACAGUAGGAAAGGUGUAUCAGUGUGUGUCUGGAGCGAAGGAGGCGGUGGUAGGGGUGAUGAUGGGGGGAGUGGAGAUGACCCGCACUGCCCUCAGUGGGGGUAUCAACAGCGUCAUGGGGUCCCGUGUGGGGCAGAUGGUCAGCAGCGGAGUGGGCUUGGCUCUGAACCAAUCGGUGGACUCGGUAGAGCAACAACUCCCGCUCACGCAGACAGAACUGGCCGCUGUAGCAGAGCCUCUGCUAAAAGACGAGGUUGGAGCCUCACUGAGCGAUGAGUGUGUGGUCUCACACAGUUCCACCCCGAGCUACUUUGUGCGCCUGGGGAAGCUCUCAGCUCAGGUUCAGGAGCGAGCGCUGGAACUGUCCCUCAUCAAGGCCAGCGCUGCCCGGGACGCCACCCACAAAGCUGUAGCUCAGAUCAGCAGCACCUUGGACCUGCUGGAGAACCUCAGAGGAACCAACGUGCUGGUGGGAGCAUCAGAGCCUCUCCUCAAGAGGUGGAGGGAGUGGAGACAGGAGGGGCAGGAAGUGCACGCGCAGGGGCAAGGGGCAGAAAACACAGAGGAGGACGGCGAUGAGGACGGAAAAGAGAGCACAGAGCAGCUGGAUCGGAGAGCUCUGUCCAUGGUGUACGCUCUGAGUGAGCAGCUGCGUGUGGCGUGUUCAGGUGUCGUGUCCAGUGUUCAGGGUCUCCCCAAAACCGUACAGGAGCAGCUGCUUAACGCACGACGCUCAGCCGAAGAGCUGCACUCGUCCCUCAGUAAAACCAACACCAUCACACCACUGCUGCUCCAACAGAGUCGAUCCCAGAUCACACAGGUGAGACAGUCUCUGGAUGGAGUGAUGGACUACCUCCUGACUAACACUCCUCUGAACUGGUUAGUCGGGCCUUUUUCACCCCAGCUGACGGAGAAACGGACGAGCGCAGAGUAGCUAAAAAACAUUCAGAUGUGCCAUUAUAGUGUGUGAACACUUUUAGCUGCACUGCAACCACAUGAUGAUCAAUAUAACCUUUAAAGUGAAUCGUGAAUCUUUAGGCAUUAUCACUGCCACCUGACACUAGUGAAUCAUUUGGAUGUAUCACAGAAAAUACUACUGAGUCAUUUGGUUAUCUAUAGAAUUACUAGUGAAUCAUUUGGUUUAUAUAUAGAAUUACUAAUGAAUCAUUUGGUUUAUCUAUAGAAUUACUAAUGAAUCAUUUGGUUUAUCUAUAGAAUUACUAGUGAAUCAUUUGGUUUAUAUAUAGAAUUACUAAUGAAUCAUUUGGUUUAUCUAUAGAAUUACUAAUGAAUCAUUUGGUUUAUCUAUAGAAUCACUAGUGAGUCAUUUGGUUUAUCUAUAGAAUUACUAAUGAAUCAUUUGGUUUAUCUAUAGGAUUACUAGUGAAUCAUUUGGCUUUACAACAGGAAUCACUACCAAAUCAUUUAGCUUUACUAUAAAUUAACAGUGAAUCAAUUGGUUUUACCAUCGAAUUCAUUCAUGAAUCAUUUGGCAUUACUAUUAGAAGUACUAGUGAAAAUCCAUUUUGAAUCAUUUGGUCUAUUAAAAAAAAUCUUUAUUUGUUUUUGUUGCACCGUGUACCAAAAAACGUGUGGAAUAUUUGGCUGUACUAUAAUAAUGAAACCUUUUUCCACUUUAGAAUCACACAAUUGUUUGCUGAGGAAUGAAAUGAGAAUUGUUGAAAUUUAAGCAAUCCCCAGUGAGUCAUCCAGGCUUACCCUGGAAUCAUCAAUGAAUCAUUUGGUUGCAUAAUAGAGUCAUUCGUGAAUCAUGUGCGAUCGUCGUUGAAAUUUCCUGCUUUUGAGGAAGCCGUAUGUUUUUUUAUGAGCUACAGUAAAAUAAACUGACUAUACAAGUGGCUGAAUGACAAACUUUGGAUUUUAAACAUUUAACCUAUAUUUUAAACAUCAGUGAUCGACUGCACUGUAAACGGAUCUGCUGUUCCGGCAUCAUCUGUACAGAACACUUUAAUGUUAGUCAUUAGAAUAGCUGUGAAGCUUGUGGUUCAUGUGUGAUGUGAAAUAAGUGUAAAGCAUUUUAAUAAAACGGUCAAACACA